AUGGAACCUAAGGUUAGGGCUGAACUUACCGAUGCAGCAUACAGGGGGUACCAAUAUUUCUAUCCUGGUUCCGUGAAAGCUUGCGCUAGUAUCACCGCUAUAGGAUUCUAUACCCUUAUGAAAACCCAUAAUAACGUCCUCCAAUUACCUUAUAGUAGCAUACGUAACGCUAGAAGAUCUCUAGAAAAGUCGCUCAGUUCUAAAUAA